AUGAGGAUGAGAGAAAGUCAUCUAAGAUGGAUUGUUCAUGUGCAUCCAAUGACUGCAUCAAUGAGAUGGAGAGACUUGUUAGUGUAUCCAUCCACCCAUGCCAAGACAUAUACAAACCGUAACCAUAUUCAACCAGCUCUUUCAUGCUUGGCUAUAAAGCAAAAAGCGUACUAUUCUUUUCUCAGGGAAAAGCAAAUGCAAGCAAUUGAGCUUAAGUGGGGUUCUUCUUCUUCUUCCUACCGCCGACGCCCUCUCCUCUCAAGCCUUUGCAGAGCUUCCACCAGGCUGCAAUCAUUCGAUUGGUCGCGUUUCUCAGCUGGUUUUCUUGCAACCAAUCUUAAUCUUCUUUCCGCCACACAGGUACUUGGUGGUGAUGCAGAUGGCCCAAUAAAAUACCUUGUUAUAUUUGAUGAAAAAGCAGCACGCUACUUGUCUCUUCCCAUGAAGCUUGUUUUAUGGAAGAAGAGGGCAAAAGAAGGAAGGUCCAGUGAUGAGGUUGAACAUUAUCCCAUACCUUCAAGAGUGACUGUAAGGUGCAGACCAGAAGUUGCUGCAAUUGAACUGCAGGAAGCAGGGGAUCUUGCUAGACCCAGCGAGACCCCUAUGGCUAUGGGGGACUCACAGGAUUACUCCUUGCGCAACAAAAGGUCUCGCUCUUGCAUGAAAUCGUUCUCGCUCCUAAAAGACCCACAUGAUGAUUAUGAGAAUUCCAAGGGAAAUGUUUCAAGUUCAAAGAGAGGAACGUCAACCAUUGAAGAUGGCCUUGUAAGGCAGCAUAAGCUUUCUCAGCUGCAAGAUAUGGAUCACUCUAGUGGGGCAGAAGAUGACAUUUCUGAAUGAUUGCUGGUGAAGUAACAAUGUAUCCCCACUUUUUUAUGCUCUUCAUCCACAAAAUAUGUAUUUUAUUAGUUAGUGUAUUAUAUGCAUUUUAUUUAAGUGUAUGCAUGACAUAGAUUUUACUUUUUCUGAUAGUAAUAACAAUUUUUUGUUUGGUCCAUUCCUGUCGAGUUUAAUAAAAAUUCUGCUAUUAUUUUUC